UCAAACUGGUGGUUUCUGAGUUGAUGAUGACGAUAGCUUUCACAAAGGCCAGAGAGGAAAGAAGCGCUUUUGUGAGAAAGGGUGCGUGUGGAGAGUUUCUGUCUCGGCGCUGGAGAAGGUCCUCGUCUAAAGAUGUCUAAAGGCCGCAUUCACCUGUACGGCCUUGGUGUGAUUUUGUGCGUUUGUAUGGUCUUGAGUGAAAAUGUGACCCAACCUACCGUAACACUGGCGCACACCAAACAAUCUCCCGAUCUGACAACAACCAUCACCCCGCAAACCACCAGCAACGUCACAGAGGAGAGUUCCACAGAGAAUUUCACCAAGGAUUACACAGAGAAUUCCACAGCCAAUCCAUCAAACCUAACCACUGUUAACCAGGGCAAUGACAGUGUCACAGCAACCACCGCUGAUGGUGAUGCUGUUAAAAGAAUCUCCAGUAUUGAUGAUGGAACACCUGCAGUCUCUGGCCAUCCUACAACCAGUGCCGUCUUUACCAUAACCAGCACUAUUGGAACCAGUGUGACUCCAGAGUCAAAAAAGUCUGAUUCAUCCACUGUAGGGGUGGUCUUUCUUAUCCUCAUCCUGAUCAUCAUCAUUGCUCUUGCUGUCCUUCUGUACAUUCUUUGGAAGAAAGGAAGGACCUAUUCCUUUGAUCUGUCCCAAGCUGGAAAUGACCACGAAACCCCACUUCGGAGUAUGGAACAUGGGGGAACGUUUGAACACACCAACAAAGAAUUGCCUCCUCUUGACUUUGGUCAGGAGGAUAAGCCUCACGAAACCACUCCUACAGCCAACGGAUGUGCAGCAGAGGCGGACAAAGAAGCGUCCCCUUCUGGGCACCAGAACGUCCCAGAGGAGGACAGCUACAUGUCUGAAACCAGUCUGACUCCGCCCCCUAAAAAAGUGGAGUUCAGUCUGGAUCUGGAUCUGAUAGGUGAUGACUUUGAAAUGGUGGAGCUACCGAACGCUGAACCCAGCAAUCAACAGCAGAAUGAAAACAACAACAAUGUCACAAACUCUGAAAAUGAUUCUCUGAACAUCUUCACUGAAAUUAACCUGGGCGAGCCACAGUAACAAGACCAACCACAGUCCAUCCAAUUCAUUAAGACUGAAAAAGAAUAUUCACUUUUGCUGAGUGGAUCACAUGACUCCAUCGCUCCAUGACUGACUCCAUGCCGUUGAAAUAUUAUCAUAUUUCAUUUCAUGUUCAAACUGUUUUUCUUCUUUCAUCUUCUAGAUUUUUUUAUAUUUUAUCUAAAGCUUUUGUGAUUUAAAAUUGAAAAACUGAAUUGUAUAGACCAUGUGGUGGGACACGACAGCAGGUUUAGUGGUAGGCAAUUGUCUGUAAACAUUUUCCUCAAGGUUUAAGUGUAUGGGUGUGUAAAUUACAAUAUAAUAAAUACAGAAAUGUUUCCAAAUUCAAUGUAUGAUCCAACAUGUCAUUAAAAAAAAUAUGCAAAAAUAAA